GCAGUGGAUGGAGUGUCCGGGCUGUUUAUCGGCUCCUAUGGCGCUGCCAACAACUUGGACGCGCUCAAGCAGGCGGGGGUCACGCACAUCUUAUGCGUUUCCACGACGCUCCCACUGCAGUUUCCUGAUGAGUUCACGUACUUGAGACUGGAGGUGGCGGACCUACCGUCAGUUCGAAUCUCCGACUUCUUCGAUGAAGCGCUAGGCUUUGUAGACACAGCUCUAGAGACGGGAGGGAAGGUGCUGGUGCACUGCUUCAUGGGGCGAUCGAGGUCGGCGACGAUUGUACUCGCUUACCUGAUCUCUCGUCAGACUCUGACACUCUCGGAUGCGCUCUAUAAGCUGCGCGCGGUGCGACCACAAGCGCAGCCGAACACAGGAUUCUAUCAGGAGCUUCGUGCACUCGAGGCUGCGCAGUCUGCCAAGUGA